GCAGCUGUUCAGCGCUGGUGAAAUUCCAACAUGGCAGUGGCUGUGGUCAGUGUCUACUGCGUUAACUUGGGAUGGUUUCAGCUCACACGCAUCCCGGCUUAACCUCGGCACCUCGCUCAUCAGCAGGACCCCUCCCAGGGAUCGAUGCGACCAUAACACUCCCCCCCCACACGCUCUCUCACACACACACACACACACACGCACACACGUGAGAGGUCGACCUGUCACUGGAGAGCAGAGAGAGAGAGAGAGAAAAAAAGGUAAGGAACGGGGAUCCGCUGCAUCUGCAAUUAGAGCGAGCGGUCAGAGCAGACAGCGCGUCUGUGUGGAGGAGACGAGCUCGGAGCAGCCCGCCGCUCAUCUCGGAAUAGUGCAUGUGCAGUUUGUGAUCUGACAAGUUUCCCGAUUUGCGAGCGAUGCCCUCUGCGUAACGGGUUAUUUAUUCAUCUGUCGGUGAAGCGCACCUGCGCCACGCCGCGCGUGGAUCGCACAGGCACGGACACGUAGGCUGCACCGUUGGCUUCCUGUUUGUGUGUGUCGACUGUGCGGCACUCCGAACAGAAAAAAGCCACAACUUGGAUGCACACACACACUCACACACACACGCGGAGGCUUUUUUCCUCUCCCCAUUAGCUUCCAUGAGGCGGGUACGGUUACAACAAGUUGCGCGUGCAGUCAGCGGAUCCGGUGAUAUCGCGGCACGUGUAGCUAUUAAUGAAUCUCACAAACUGGACAUUUGUGGUCGUAACGAGCGGAUUUAACUCGGAUGACAGAUCCGCACCAGUUGAUUUUUCUCCGAUAUCGCCCUCCUCUUCCUCUUCCUCCUCCUCCUCCACUGCUGCCUGUCAUCUCGGGCUCCACUUUCUAAUGAGAUGCAUGUAGGUUAGAUGGCUCUCCUAUUGAGUUGCUUGCUCCAAAGACUCGCAGGGCCCACCUCUCACACGGCUUGAAAUCCGAGCAGUGUUGCACCCAGAAAGUGUCUCCUAUUGUAAAGCUUUUUUUUUUCUUUGAGAGGGAAUCCUUCCUUCCGCCUUUUCUUCCACAAAUUAAUUCCAAUGCUUUCUCCUCCUCUUCCUCUCUCUCUUCUUCUCUCUGUUCCAGCACGACAUGAUCAGCAGCAGCAGCGUCUAUGGCGUAAAGAUGCAGUGGACCCCUGAGCACAGCCAGUGGGCCGAACAGCAUUUCGACAUUUCGUCCACCACGCGCUCACCAGCCCACAAGGCUGAGGCAUACAGGGCAGUACCUGGCCACCUGCAGCGCUCGGCCACCUACCAAUAUGCCUGGGCCAAUGACGACAUCUCGGCACUCACUGCCUCCAACCUGCUCAAGAAGUACGCCGAGAAGUACUCUGGUAUUCUGGACAUGCCGGGCUCAUAUUCGGAGACGCCUGGUGUCCCAGGAGUGAUGAAUGGACGGAAAGGUGAAUCUGAGCCCUGGCAGGAUGGUGUCUACCCCAUGAGCUGCAUCCCAGAGGGCAUUUCCGUCAGGAAAGGGGGGGUUGCGGCAGCUUCAGAGGUGGUGUCUGGCAUGUGCAGCUCUCCGGGCCUGGCUUCCAGCACCCUGAGUGAGCCCAGCUACUCCAGCAGUAGCUGUGGGAGCCACACAGCAACUGCCCUGCACUCUUCCUCCAUGCCCUCUCAGGAAUAUGGCCCAGCGUACAGCAGCUCGUACCUACACAGCAGUUACAGCUCCCAGUCUACCCCCGCCCCGGCACUUCCAUCUCCACUGCACAGCUCUGGGCUACUGCAACCACCUCCUCCUCCACCCUCCCACCCCACUAUAGUCCCAGCUUACAAUGGAGGCUCCCCCAACUUGUCUAGUUAUAAUUACCCCCCAGCAGGCUACCCAGCUCAAAACUCAGUUGGGCCAGGAUAUAGCCCUGGAGGAGCCCCCCCUCCCUCCUCGUACCUUCCCUCAGGCAUUGCUGCACCUACACCCCUUGCUCCCUCUUCUGCUUUACCUGGAUACCCAUACCAGAGCCACAACCUGACCCCAAUUGCCCCAACCCCUCUCAACAGUAGCUCCUCCAACUCACUAAAGAGGAAAGCCUUCUACAUGACAGGUCAAGGAGAGAUAGACCCCUCUUAUGGUAACUUUGGCUACAGUCAGGCAAGGAGCUCAGCUGAGAGUCCCAUGUACAGGGUAGCAGAUAGCAGCAGUACAAACGGAGGCUCCAACAGUGCCGGUGGUGGUGGGUUUGACAGGAGUGCUGAGAAGUCAUCUUUAACUUUUAAUCCUCAGAAACAAUCCACCAUUGCAUCAGAGCAGCAGAGGAAGUACAGCAGCCAGGCAACUGGUGGGCCUCUGACUCCACCAGCCUACGUCUCCUCCACCCUGGGGGGUUCCCGCUCAGCAGACUCUAUUCCCAGCUUUACCUCCCCCUCCCUCAGUGAGCAAGGUCCUGAAGACCACCGUCUCCACCUUUCUCACUCAGCACCUGGACCUACCUCCUCCUCAUCCACUUCCAACUCCCGGCCUGCUGAAGAACAACUAAAAACCAGUGAUCCUCACCUCCUGGACAUGGUUACCUCUGAAAUUGUACAGCAGGGGCCCCCAGUGGAUUGGAGUGACAUUGCAGGUCUAGAACUUGCCAAGGCUACCCUGAAGGAAGAAGUCCUGUGGCCCAUUCUGCGUCCAGACAUGUUCAGCAGUUUAGGACCAGCCCCACGUUGUGUGUUGCUGUUUGGCCCCAGAGGCAGUGGCAGGACAUUGCUGGGACGUUGCCUGGCCAGUCAGCUGGGAGCACCAUUCCUACAGCUCAGCGGCUCAACACUGGCCACAAAGUGGCUGGCGGAUGGAGAAAAAAUCAUCCGAGCAUCAUUCCUAGUGGCACGGUGCCGGCAGCCCUCAGUACUGUUCAUUAGUGAAGUGGACAUGCUCUUGUCUGCCCACCUCAGUGAAGAGAGCCCUAUCAACCGACUUAAAGGUGAACUUCUUGCCCAGUUAGACUCACUUCUUAUGGGCUCGGGCGAGGAUGGAGGCAACCAAGUAUUGGUGGUUUGCUCCACAAGCAGACCACAGGAUAUGGAUGAAGGACUGCGCAGGUACUUUUCCCGGAGGGUCCUGGUGCCUCUGCCGGAUAGCGCAGCUCGACACCAGAUCAUGAACCAGCUCUUGGCCCAAUCUCAGCACAAAUACUGUUUGAGCGAGGAGGAGCUGGCGCUGCUGGUCCAGCGUACAGAUGGUUUCUCAGGACUGGAUCUGGCCAGACUCUGCCAGGAGGCUCUUGUAGGCCUGUUACAUGUCUCUGCACAGGGCGUGGACAUGACUGGUAUGAUGCCCAGGGGACAAAUCAGGCCCCUCACCUACCAGGACAUUGAGAGUGUCUUUUGUAAAUUCCAAGCAAGUAUAUCGCAGAAAGAGAUUGACACUUAUACUGAGUGGAACAAAAUGUUUGGUUGCAGUCAGUGAAAAGAUAGAUCCCGCCCUUGAGAAAAAGAGGUUUCCACAGUUCCUCCCCUCAGGGCAGAAGCAUUGUGCUGAAGGUGAAAGGCACACAAAAGGCCAACACAAACUCUCGCAAGCAGGGUUUAGAUGCACCAAGAGAGUCGCUUUGAUGAGACAACUGGCAAUUUUGCAGUUAAUGAACAAGAGUUUUAAUUUGAAUGCUCGACACUCCAGAAAGCCAGGGAUUGUUUACACGUUGCAAGCAAGUUGGCUUCAGACAGGACACCCCAGUGUCUGUGUAUAUAUUGUUAUGUUGUUGUUCUUGAGAUUUAGUUGGCUAUCCAAGUGCCUGAAGUGGUGCUUUCUGAGUUUAUUUGUUUAUUUGCCUCACAAUCUACAUUCAUGGCAUGAGCUGAUAAUUAUUAAGAGCUUUAAAAACUUCAGCGGCAUGUCUGAAAGACCCAGACUGACAGUCACCAUUGGGUGGUGGUCAAUCGACCUUUAUUGUCUUACUAAGAGCAGAAAUCCAUUUGGGCUGCAGUAGCCUGGGCCCCUGACUCUCACCCAUGUUUCUGAUCCUGUGUCUGCAAAACAAGCAAACGUAACAAACCAACAACCAACACUCAGGAAAGCGUUUGUGAAUUGUACAGUACCUCAAGACAUCUUCACGAAAAGCACUAAGACCUGAGAGGAGAAUCUGGCAGUGUUAGGUGUACCUCAAAAGACUAGGCUAAAUAGCAAAGAGGUGGCAAUGAAUGUACUAAAUGUGUUCUGGAUUCGUGGAACAUAUUCUAUAGUGAGAGUAAAAACAUUUUGUCCUCCCCCCCCCCCUCACUGCAGGUGCUUUAGUUACCUGUUUCUACUUGACCAAUCCUUAUGAGCUAUUCCCAUUGCUGUUUCAAAAUAUAAAACUGUGUUGUUUUGGGGUUUUAAAAGAUGGGCAGGUGUUGGGGUGGUGGGAGUUGUACAUUAAUUAAAACAACCAUAAUCAACAUUGUCUAUAAUACAUGAUCUAGGCUAUAUGGUUUAGCUGCAUGGAACCGCAUCAGUUAUCAGCUAACUCCUGCGCAAAAUAUUCAUCAUACAUUAAGCGAGGUAUUCUCUGAUCUUGAUGAACUUAAAUGGAAGGAAUCAUUCUUCAUAUAAAUAUACUUAUUUGCUUUUUUAACUGAGAGAUCAGGCUAGUACCAACAGCUGUUUACGUUAGCUUGGCAUAAAAUAUGUUAGCCUGUUAGACUGCAGCAUGUUAAAGUUAACCAGUUAACUUUUUAAACACUUAACAGUGUUUUUGCAGGGAUUUUGCAAUGCUAAGCUAACGGGCAAAUGUUUGUAGACUUGGCUAUCUUUCAUAAAGAGAACAAAUAACUGUAUUUCUCCAAAAUAUCAGUGAUAUCAAAGAAAAAAUACUGUCUUUUUGUGUGGGUAUUACAUUAUUGUUUGACUUGGUCUUGCAUGGUUUUGAGGAAAGCAUGUUUGUCAGUCAGCAUCAAGAAAGCGAGGCUUGGAUAUUGCCCUUACCGAGUCCAACUGAAAUCAUAUUUAGUUAUUUUUUGCAAUAUAAACAAAUGUCAUAUAUAAAUAUGCUUUUAAAUUAACUUUUAACUUUGAUAUUAUUAAAAGAACAGAACAUGUUCAUACAACCAUAAACACCAAUCAGACAUUGUAACAAUAUGCUGUGACUAAAAUAGGAGCACUAUGAAAACAUGGGUCAUAUCAUACCUGUAUAGGUGCAACAUUUUACAAAAAUUACAUUAUUGCUUUAUUUGCUAUAUUUUAUUGAGGUCUUUAACAAUUACUGGUAUUUAUUUUGAAAUAAAAAAUGAAAAUUAAUAGUAAGUUUAUUUUUCAUUGUGAAAAUGAAAUUAAAUAAGAAGUGAAAUAUAAGAACAUGGUUACAGUUUUUGCACAAAAAAAAAAAAAACUUGGUGAUUUAGUCACGUGACCUCUAAGGCCCUCUUAGCAAUGAUCUCUGAGUAAUGUUACCGACUUUGACGUUUUUUGGGGACAGACAACAAAAAAACCUAAUUUGAGAGAUAGUUGUGCUGUAGAAGAUGACACAAUGAUUUCAGUUGGACUUUGGUAUCAUAGAUUUCCCCUUGUUAAACACUGGCUCAGUUUCCAAGACACAGAUGACGCUUAGCUAUAGACAAACAAAUUCUUCAUCUUCAUUGAUUUUAAAUAAAAGUUAGUUUUUUAGGCUUAAUCCACAUCUAGGGAAACUAGCUUACCAUGUUUAGCUGUAUUUGAACUCGAUUAGCUUCUGAAUGAGAUGCCACUCAUGUAAAUUACAUAUGUGGAAAGUAGAAAUUUAAAGAAAUUAAUUCGGUUGCACGGCAGUUGUCAUAACCAUAAUACGGUCAGCCAGGAGGUAUAUGCAGUUGGAAUAUAUAUGUGUUUUAUUCUGUUUUUUUUUUUUAUCUAAGAUGACCACCCCAGAAAAACAAAUCAAUUCUAAACAAUAUCAGCGCUUUUUUUUUCCUGUAUCCGUAUUGUCUUUCUUUUUUGCAAGUUACUAAGAUGGUAUGAAGCACACGAUCUACAUACAUUUGAGUUCAUACCGUUUAACAUGAGUGGGGAAUUUUGGCAAUAGUUUUGAAGGCCUACAUCACUGAACAAUAUCUGUUUCCCUUUGUAUCAUGUUGGAAUGUAUUUUUGUCUCUUCCUCGCCACCGUUUAAGGAGCUGUUGUGGCAUGGGACUACUUAAGUCUAUUGCACGUGCACUAAAGCGUUUUGUGUGUAAUCUGGGGGGGGUUGUUGAAAUUUCUCAACGGCAUUGACAGCACUUAUUUAGUUGGUGUUUUAUUUAUCUAAACCGCUGAUCAGUCUUACCCUUUUUAUCGUACCUCCUGAUUUUUCUAUAAGAAAAAUAUCCCAAAGGUACGAGCUGCUUGUUGUGUAUGCCUCGUGUCGCUAUCUCGUAGGCACCAUCAGUUCAGCACCUGGAGUGGGGUGGGGGUGGGGAGUUCUGCUGAGCAUCAGCAAACUGAUGGAAAAGAGAGACAGACAGGCAGCGUGGCAGCAGCAGCAGCACAAGGGGGGAAAGCAGAGUGGUCCGUCAGAAAACCACCCUCAAAACAAUCUGUACCAGAAUUCCUUCUGUCAGCAAAUCCUCUGGAGAGAGAGUCCCUUUGGACAGAAAAACCUACUAAUGCACUUCACAGCACACAACAGUAGCACAGGCCUUUCCUCCUCUCUCUCUCUAUCCCUCGCCAUUCUCCACAAGCCGACCGACAAACCACUUGAAACACACUGGUCAGUGCUACGCUUUGUUUGUUAUGUGUUUAGCGGUCCUCUUUUCAUGUCUUUUUCUCCAUGAUGUGCUGAUCUUUUCCCCUUUUUUUCCUUUCUUAAAAUAGAGUUCUUCUUUAAAGCAUUUCUACCUCAUGGCUACAAAACACACGUGGUAUUUGAUUUAGGUCUUUUACAAAUGUCAGACAUUUGUGGAAAAUGUAUUUUUAAAAAAAGACAAAAAAAGGAGGAAAGAAUAACACCAUGAAGUUUUGCGCAGUCUACCUCAGAUGACUGUACUUAAAAACAUUUAGCUGAUGGUGCGACCGGAGGCUGCAGCAUAGCCUAGUGUGCGUGUGCGCGUUUGUGUGUGUUACCACGUGUCCUCUCCGAGACAGACACACACUCGUGAAAACACACAAGCAAUUCGUAAAGGGGGCGGGGGAACGGUUGGGGGUCAACCUAAACGUGACCUGGAAAUGUAUAAUCCAAUACAUUUGCUUUAAUCUUCUGUGAAGUACUGUGGUUGUGCGCGUGUGAAUGUGUAUAUACAUGGGCACACUCUUUUUAUUUAAUUUUAUUUUUUUUGAUUUAGUGUGUUAAAUUUUAUAAAUUGUUAGUAUAUAUAACACACUUGCACAACUUUAAAACAGAGUGUAAUGUGUUUCUGUUGUACAUAUCUAUACAUACAAUACAAAUGCACCACUUGUUUAUAUGUGUGAAUAUGUUGCCAUACUUGCAGUCAACUUAAAUGUAUUUUCAUGUAAUCUGAGAUACAAGCAGCAACAAACAAUUCAUUAAAGACAUUUUCUUGGGAGAUUA